UAGACAGUGCACAUUGCCACAAGCUGCCUCUCAUUUUGUUACCCACCGAUCCCAACACCAGCCACAGAUACACAAACACACAGGUCACCCAUAUAUACAACGAUGUCCUCCGCCGGAGUUCUAGUUGGCAUGUGUGUUGUGCUCGCCUGCUUGGCCGCUGUUCCGCGAGCGCUGGCCACGGCCGUCCAUGGAGACGCUAGCAGCAACGGCAUCCUGCAUAUCCCUUCCAAUGGCUCCUUGAUUAGCUGCCCCACCCACUGCGGGGAUGUCGAAAUCUCCUAUCCCUUCGGGAUAGGCUCUGGUUGCUUCCGGCAAGGCUUCGAGCUGACCUGCAACCAGACAGCUCGUCCUCCUAGGCUCUUCUUGAGAAACAGUACCACUCAGAUCACUUCUAUACACGUCGGCGGCAAUAUGGCUUCUGCUUCUGCUGUUGGUUUUAACGUCACCAUGGGGCAAGGUGUGGACACGUACAGCAUGUCCUGGGGUACCCCUGAUGGUGGCCCUGUUAUCAGUGAAAGUAACUAUGGUUUGUAUGUCGUUGGAUGCGGUCUCGAAGUCUACAUGUUCGGUAAUAACUGGACUGACCUCAUUGGUUCUUGCAUGAGCAUAUGCGCAGAUGACCGGACCACGGAGAGGGCAAAUGUUUUCGGCUCCUGUCGUGAUGGGAUUGGCUGCUGCUACAUCGAGUUGACGAGGGACCUGCCAGCCUUUAUGGUUAAACUCGUCCGCCGCAACCGUACAAGAGCACAACUAAAUGAUGUCAAGGUUUUACUACCACGGGAUUAUAGCUUCGUUUUGGGUGAUCUUAAAUCGAGUUGGGUAAACAUGAGCAAUGUUGAAGAUACAAGAAUUCAGAUCGCCAUCACGGACCAACCAAAUUGUGAACGUGCCCGAGUGAAUAAGGAUAGUUAUGCUUGUAAUAAUGAAAGCAACUGCCAAGAUCUACAAUAUGGACGAGGCUACAGUUGCUCAUGCCCCAAUUAUUACGGGAAAGGCAACCCCUACAUCGUAAAUGGCUGCAUCCAAGCUUACGAUUCAACGCCCAAACAGAACUGUACAAGAUCAUGUGGGAACAUUAGUAUUCCGUUCCCAUUUGGGAUUGAAGAAGGUUGUUAUGCAAAUGAUAACUUUCGACUCAACUGCACAAGUGAUGUCACCGUUCUUGACCGUCGGUACGCACAAUAUCGUGUGACUCGUAUAUCACUUGAUGAUGGGUCUCUGACUGUUAGCAACAUGCUGAAUGACACAAGCUACAAUAACAUGGAAAGGAUAGUCAAUUCCAACUAUGAUGGUACUGACGGAUUUCGGGACUCUUAUGAUAUGUCGUCGGUUGUGGAUGGUAUUUAUGAUUUCUCACGGGAAGAUGAAAUAGUAAUAAAGUGGGUUGUUGCAAACUUGACUUGUCAACAAGCUAAGCAAAGUAAUCCGAAAUACUAUGCGUGUAUCAGUCACAACAGUAACUGCCAAGAUAUCAGGCGAGGGAAAACAAAUUAUGGGUAUCUCUGCAAGUGUAAUGAUGGCUUCCAUGGAAAUCCAUACCUGCAAAACAAUUGUACAGAUAUUGAUGAAUGCUCCCUGCCAAACUACUGCAAUGGUACAUGUCAAAACUUUCCUGGGACCUAUAAGUGCACACCGUGCCCUCAUAAUAAAGAAUUUGAUUGGACAAAGAAGCGGUGUGUUACAUCAACUAAGCAACGGAAUCUUAUUUUGGGUAUUGCAAUUGGAAUCAGUUGUGGCAUUGGCUCCAUAAUUAUUGCAUUGGGUGUAAUCGUACUUGCCAAUAAGUGGAAAAGGGGCAUCCAAAAGAGAAUCAGAAGAGCACACUUCAAGAAAAAUCAAGGCCUGCUAUUGGAGCAAUUGAUCUCUGAUGAAAGCACCACAAGCAAAACUAAAAUAUUCUCAUUGGAGGAACUAGAGGAGGCAACAAACAACUUUGAUGCUACUCGUGUUCUUGGUCGUGGAGGACAUGGCACGGUUUAUAAAGGGAUUUUAUCUGACCAACGUGUGGUGGCGAUAAAAAAAUCCAAAAUAGUGGAACAAAUAGAGAUAGACCAGUUUAUCAAUGAGGUUGUUAUUUUGUCUCAAAUCAUCCAUCGUAAUGUGGUGAAACUGUUUGGUUGCUGCCUAGAAGAUGAGGUGCCCAUGCUUGUCUAUGAGUUCAUUUCAAAUGGCACUAUGUAUGAACUUCUUCACUCUGAUACUACAGUAAAAUGCUUGCUUUCAUGGGAUGAUCGCAUUAGGAUUGCAAUGGAAGCAGCAGGGGCACUUGCUUAUCUACACUCAGCUGCUACAAUAACAAUUUUCCACAGAGAUGUUAAGUCUUCAAAUAUACUCUUGGAUGACAACUUCACCACAAAGGUCUCAGACUUUGGUGCUUCAAGAUCUAUUUCGCUUGAUGAGACUCAUGUGGUUACGAUUGUCCAAGGUACAUUCGGCUACUUGGACCCAGAGUACUAUCAUACUGGUCAGCUUACUGAAAAGAGUGAUGUAUAUAGUUUUGGAGUAAUACUUGUUGAACUUUUGAUAAGGAAGAAGCCAAUUUUUAUCAAUGAUUUAGGUGCUAAACAAAGCCUAUCACAUUACUUCAUUGAAGGACUUCAUGCAGGGUCCCUUGUAGAAAUACUGGAUAAACAAGUUGUGGAAGAGGCAGACCAGGAAGAGAUUAAUGAAAUCGCCUCACUUACAGAAGCAUGCUUAAGGGUCAAAGGAGGAGACAGACCGACUAUGAAAGAAGUAGAUAUGAGGUUGCAAUUUCUAAGAACAAAAAGACUUAGAAAGGGUUUAGCUGAAAAAGAUGCAGAUAUAUAG